AUGUAUAAUCAGCUUACUGGGGAAGACCAGAUUAGUCAACUGCCCGAUGACAUUCUUGCUUCAAUACUUUCUUGGUUGACACUGAAGGAAGCCAUACUCACUAGCUUACUCUCAACCAGAUGGAGGUACCUAUGGACACAUAUUACGCGCCUCGACUUUCAUCUACCAAGAAAAGAAGAGACUAAUGGUAAAAGGGACAGAGGCCAUCUGUCCCAGAAUGAGAAGUUACGCCAUGUCAAUCGGGUCAAUCGUGUUCUGGAUUUGCACAGGUCUCAUUUUCUAGAGAAAUUCAGAAUUGCCUUGCCUCUUGAUCGUGAGGGUUACCAUUGCGAACUUGAUAAGUGGAUCAAGUUUGUGCUGUCAAGGAAAGUCCGGGCCCUCGAAAUAGACUUAACAGAACCGUCGAGGAGGAGGAGGAGGAGGCGAAGGAGGAAUCAUAGGAUACAACAAUAUACUCUGCCUUUGAAUUGGACCAGCAAUUCUUCUUCAUUUUCUGCCUCAUUCUUCAAUGCCCUGAAGUCGCUGUCCUUGAAGUUUGUUGGUGUGGAUGAUCAGAUGGCUAAAUCUUUCCUAUCCAGCUGUCCUAUGCUUGAACAUUUGUCGAUCCAAGGUUCAUCUCAGCUUAAAAACCUGCAGAUUACUGGACCAUCACUCAAGCUAAAGAAGUUGGAGAUUCGUGACAUCGUUAAGAUUUCCAUCCAGCUAUGCAAUGUUGAACAUCUUGAAUCGUUUACGAGUCGAGACACCCGUUGCGAGGAGUGGGUUCUUGAAAAUGUUCCUUCACUUGUCCACAUUGACGUUGACCCGUUAAUUAUGUGCAGUGGAAUACCUGAUUUCAUCACGAGGAUGUCAGAACGCCUCCUCAAUCAACUGGUGGAGCUUAAUCUUAAGAUUCCACAGCUUGACGUAGAAACUGUCUUCGAAAGGUAUUAUAGCAAAUUUCCCAAAAUGGAGAAGCUCAGAGUUCUUAAGCUGGACGUCUUGUCUACAUCCGAAUCUAUUCUUUUGUCCUUCGCUGCUCUGUUUAAUGCAUCUCCAUAUCUACGUAAAUUUGUGAUGCAGAUUGAGUGGGCCCCGUAUGAGUCGAUGACAGACGCGAACAGGUUAACGGCGUUUCAGUACGCGUGCUGCCCUGCCAAUGAACACCUCAAAACUGUGAAGUUUGGAGGAUACUCUCACCGUUUAUCUGAGUUUGAGUUUGCUGUUCACCUUUUGACAUAUGCGGUUGCGCUUGAGGAAUUCAUUGUUGACACUCGUAUAUCUGAAGAUUCAAAUAAAAGGCAUCCAAAGCAUCGGUUGCGCCGGCAGUUUGAAAGAGUAACGCCUCAAGGAGUCAAACUGGUCAUCCUUUAA